GUGACAGUGGACAGAUUUGUCAUCGCUCACUGCGAAAUAUUACUUCGAAAAUUUAACUAUACCUAGCUAAAUCUAAAUAAUAAAUUAGUUUUGAAUUGUUAUUUAAUUACCAUUUAUAUGUGUGGUUUCAGAGUUGCUAAAUUUAGCUUAGAACCUGUACAAUGUUGUUUCGUUGUAGUUUGUUGUUGGUGUUUCUGAGCUCAGUGAGAACUGGAUAUUUGAACGACAAUGGGUUGGCUAAUAGUAAACAGUUCGAUGGGAGUUUGUCCUAUUCAUAUUGGCCAUCGAUUCAUAAUGCGGCGCGUAUGAUGAAGAUAAGGAAACGGGAGGCGGAGCAAGUUGGUCAGAGCGAAGGUGGUGGUACUAUAGUGCAGACACCGCAGACACGGCCAGUGGCAGCUGGUGCACCUGCUGUAUCGCCAAAAGUUGAGCAACAGCCAGUCGAUCGAGCGAACCUUACAACGCAAACGUUAAGUAAAAGUAUUACUUCAUCUAGCAAUAAAACUCAAGAAGAGAACAAUGUGACAGUCACUCCAAAAGGGAAUGUAAGUAAAAAUGGGACAGAAACAGCUACAGCUCCACUUAAAGCGAAUGUAACAAAAGUAAAUGUGACUGUAGCAGAAUCUAUAGACAAAGUUGAUUUGAGUGGUCCGGGAGUCGUGAAACGUGGGGUCAUUGUAUUUGGCGGAUUUGCAUUGUUAGCUGCUGCAUAUUUUAUUUUCUAUAGGAGAAAGGGCAAGAAAAAUGAUCUGAACAACACUCAUAAUGCUAUUGAUGCUAAUCAAUUCCGCUAUGGAGUGCUACAAUCCGAAGAUAGAAGAGACAACAUGGAGUUAUCUCGUGUGCCUCUAACCAUGGAUUCUGAUGAAGAUGAGGAUGAUGAUUUAGAAAUAUUUGAUUUAGAACAGAAGAAAAAAUCUUUGUCAUAUGUAAACCUUCAAGUAAACGACGAAGAAGUGGUAAAUGGACCGAGAUUAGUAUCUGAAGAUAAUGAGAGAGACAACCUUUUAUUAGACAUAGAAGACUCAAACACUGAUCCCCUAAUCAACUGGUCUGGUAAUGGUAACAAAUCUAUUUUAUAAUUUCAUGAAGUCAUUGGACAGUGAGAGGUAAAGGUCUUGUUAUUGUUACUGUGAAUAUAUAUAUAUAUAUAUAUAUA